CAACCCCACAAAACUAAAACAACAAAAAAUUCUCUCACAAAUGCUUCCACCCUCUUUUACUCCACCAUCAUGUCUGCCCUCGACAGCUACUACUUCCCUUUUCUCACCCACAACAAUAAAUGCUACAAAUUCUAUUGUUACAGCUGCAAUCCCCAGCUAUGAAAUAUCUAGUUCUUCCAUUCUAUCUCCUCUAUUGCCACCCUCACCCCUCCAACAAGAAUCGCCUAUUUCUCCAUAUUUUUGGGCAGCUAAUGAUUUUCCAGACGAUUAUAAAUUUUUACAACAAAUAAACGUGGAAAUUCGUUGUUUUUGCCAUAUUGAAUUAUUAAAUGCCCAAUUUUCAAUAACUCAUAAUGAGGAGACAAAUGAUUUCUUUGUUGAAUUGCUUCCGACAACAGAAGGGAAACUUGCCGUUCCUGUUCUAUGUGCUCUUUUUCGUUUUUUACCAACGGAGCCUGAACAUUUUCAAAUUUUUACUUCAUCCUAUGGGUUUUGGAGACGUUGUGGUCUUGUGAAACGUUGUGUGCCUAAAACAUUUUCUGGUGAAUCUAAUGUUGAGAAUAUACAACCUCUUAGAUUACAUUUACAUGUUUAUGAACAGUUUUUCUGUAUCAAGAUGAAUGGGAAGGAGAUUGAACGACAACAACACCGAAAAGAAUUUCUUCGUCGCUGUUAUUUGCCUCGUAUUGGAAACAGAAACAUUUCAACUACUGAUGAAACAAAAUGA